AUGGUAUUUUAAAUAUUUUUAAAGGAUUUUUAUUUAUUCUUUAUCAAUGACUAUAAUAAAUUUGAUAAAUAUUUGGUCAAUUUUAAUUAUAGCAAUAAGUUUUAUUCUUUCGCUCUUUUUUGUUAUUGUUUUAUUAUUAAUUUUUUCUAAAUCACGACUUUCAUAUCAAUCUGAGUUAUAUUGCAAAGUUAUAUCAGACAAUGGUGAAUUUGACAAAGUUCUCCUUAAUACAUUAGAAGAUCCAGCAGAAGUCUUUAUGUCUGUUGUGAUUCCUGCCUUCAAUGAAAAGUUGCGGCUUUCAAAAAUGUUAGAAGAAGCAGUAGAGUUUCUUUCAUUUGAAUUUGAAAAAGAUCAAAGAUGGGAAAUAAUUAUAAUAGAUGAUGGAAGUACGGACAAUACUUAUGAGCAUUCAGUGAAAUGGGCACUAUCUAAAAGUAAAACUUCUUUACUAAGAUAUGGCGAAAUCAGAGUUUGUAGUUUAGAAAAAAAUAGAGGAAAAGGGGGUGCAGUGACACAUGGAAUGAUUCAUUCUCGAGGAGAAUAUAUUAUAUUUGCAGAUGCAGAUGGUGCAUCUAGGUUUUCUAAUUUAUAUAAUCUUUUAAAAGAAAUUAAAAAAAUUGAAAAAAAUGGAUGUGGUAUCGCUAUAGGAUCCCGUUCUUACACGGCAUCAAAUGAUAUUAUUUUAAAAAGAUCUAAGAUUAGGAAUUUUAUGAUGCAUGCUUUUCAAAAGUAUUUAUGGUUUAUGGGAAUAAGACAUAUUAAGGAUACUCAAUGUGGAUUUAAAUUAUUUACUCGCCGAGCAGCUUUAAUGAUAUUUCCAAAUAUGCAUGUAGAAAAAUGGAUAUUUGAUAUAGAAGUGCUAAUCUUAGCUGGAAUUUUUUUAAUACCAGUAGUCGAAGUACCAAUAGCCUGGCAAGAAGUUCCAGGCAGCAAGUUAAGUUUAAUAAGUGAUAGCUUAAGAAUGGCUGUUGAUUUACUAAUUAUGAGAUUAAAUUACAAAUUUGGGUUUUGGAAAAUUAAAAAAAGAUAAAAUAAAUAAUUUUUUGAUUUAAAUUUUACGUUUUUGUUAAAC